AUGGAGGAAGCUGGUGGGUGUGCGAGGAUGGGUCUGAGAGGGGUGCUGCUCGCUCUGGCCUUGCUGCUCUCGGUGUGCGUGCGAGCAAGCCAUGGACUCACGGACAGCCAGGACACUUCUGUUCUCCGAGCGCUAAUGGAUCAGUGGCAGAACUCGCCGCCGACAUGGGGACAGUCUGAUGAUCCCUGCGGUGUUUCGCCAUGGGAUGGGGUGACAUGCAGCAACAACAGGGUGAUCUCCAUAAAAGUGUCAACCAUGGGCAUCAAAGGACUUCUAGCUGCUGACAUCGGGCAGCUGACCGAGCUGCAAUCCCUGGACCUGUCAUUCAACAAAGACCUUGGAGGUGUGCUCACUCCGACCAUCGGUAAUUUGAAGCAGCUUGCAACCUUGAUUCUGGCAGGUUGCAGCUUUCACGGCAACAUCCCUGAUGAGCUAGGGAGUCUUCCCAACCUAUCUUACAUGGCUCUGAACUCGAAUCAGUUCUCUGGAAAAAUACCAGCAUCUCUGGGCAAUCUCUCCAGCCUCUAUUGGUUUGAUGUCGCCGACAAUCAGCUGACUAGCCCAUUGCCAAUCUCAUCAAACGGGGGAAUGGGUCUAGACAAGCUUACAAAAACCAAACACUUCCACUUCAAUAAGAACCAAUUGUCUGGUCCCAUCCCAGAUGCUCUCUUCAGCCCUGAGAUGACACUGAUUCAUCUGCUUUUCGAUGGAAAUAAAUUCACCGGUGACAUCCCGGACUCUCUUGGGUUUGUUAGUACACUCGAAGUUGUACGGCUGGAUAGAAAUUCCCUCUCCGGCCCAGUUCCAGCGAACCUGAAUAACCUCACCAAAGUAAACGAGCUCAACUUAGCCAACAACCAGCUUAACGGACCGUUGCCCAAUCUAUCUGGGAUGACUCUUCUCAAUUAUGUCGAUCUGAGCAACAACACAUUUGAUCCUUCCCCGAGCCCGCAGUGGUUUUGGAAGUUGCCACAGCUCUCAGCUCUGGUCAUACAAUCCGGAAGACUCUACGGCACGGUGCCGAUGAAGCUGUUCAGCAGCCCGCAGCUGCAGCAAGUCAGGCUGGCCGGGAACCCGGUGUGCGACCACCUGCCGAACACGGCGUACUGCAACGUGACGCAGCACGCGCCUUCGCCGGCGUACACGACGAGUCUGGUGAAGUGCUUCUCGGGGGCGUGCCCGCCGGAGCAGAGCAUGAGCCCGCAGAGCUGCGGGUGCGCGUACCCGUACCAGGGGGUGAUGUACUUCCGCGCGCCCUUCUUCGCGGACGUGGGCAACGGCACUGCGUUCCAGGAGCUGGAGAGCAAGCUGUGGACCAAGCUGGAGCUCUCCCCGGGCUCCGUGGCCCUGCAGGACCCCUUCUUCAACAGCGACUCCUACAUGCAGGUCCAGGUGAAGCUCUUCCCUUCGGGCGGGCCCUACUUCAACCGCACCGAGGUGAUGCGCAUCGGCUUCGACCUCAGCAACCAGACCUUCAAGCCGCCCAAGGAGUUCGGCCCCUACUACUUCAUCGCCUCCCCGUACCCCUUCCCAGAUCGGAACGGGCCGGCGUCCAAGAGCAAGGGCGCCAUCAUCGGGAUCGCGGUUGGCUGCGGCGUCCUGCUCAUCGCGCUCGUCGGAGCUGCCGUCUACGCGUUCAUGCAGAGGCGGCGCGCGCAGAAGGCCACGGAAGAGCUUGGCGGGCCUUUCGCGUCGUGGGCUCGGAGCGAGGAGCGGGGCGGCGCGCCGCGGCUGAAAGGGGCGAGGUGGUUCUCGUGCGAGGAGCUGAAGCGGAGCACCAACAACUUCGCGGAGGCCAACGAGCUGGGGUACGGAGGGUACGGCAAGGUGUACAGGGGCAUGCUGCCCAACGGGCAGUUCAUCGCCAUCAAGAGGGCGCAGCAAGGUUCCAUGCAGGGCGGGCACGAGUUCAAGACCGAGAUCGAGCUGCUCUCCCGGGUGCACCACAAGAACCUCGUCGGCCUCGUCGGCUUCUGCUUCGAGCAGGGCGAGCAGAUGCUCGUCUACGAGUACAUGUCCGCCGGCACGCUGCGCGACAGCCUCACCGGGAAGAGCGGCCUGCAUCUCGACUGGAAGAAGCGGCUCCGGGUGGCGCUGGGCGCGGCCCGCGGCCUCGCCUACCUGCAUGAGCUCGCCGACCCGCCCAUCAUCCACCGGGACGUCAAGUCCAGCAACAUCCUCAUGGACGAGCACCUCACCGCCAAGGUCGCCGACUUCGGCCUCUCCAAAUUAGUGUCUGAUAGCGACAAGGGGCACGUCAGCACCCAAGUCAAAGGAACGCUGGGUUAUCUGGACCCCGAGUACUACAUGUCCCAGCAACUCACCGAGAAGAGCGACGUCUACAGCUUCGGUGUGGUCAUGCUCGAGCUGAUCAUCGCCAGGCAGCCGAUCGAAAAGGGGAAGUACAUCGUCAGGGAGGCCAAGAGGGUUUUCGACGCUGCCGACGCCGAGUUCUGCGGCCUCAGGGGCAUGAUAGACUCCAGGAUCAUGAACACCAACCAUCUCGCCGCGUUCAGCAAGUUCGUGCAGCUGGCCCUCCGGUGCGUGGAGGAGGGCGCCGCCGCCCGACCUUCGAUGAGCGACGUCGUCAAGGAGAUCGAGAUGAUGCUGCAGAGCGAGGGGCUCAGCAGCGCCUCGACAUCCGCCUCCACGUCUGCGACGGACUUUGACGUCACUAAAAGCGCUCCUCGCCACCCUUACAACGACCCUCUCCCAAAGGAGAAGGACAUGAGCACAGACUCAUUCGACGACUACAGCGGAGGAUAUUCCUUCCAGUCAAAGGUCGAACCAAAGUAG